UAACAGCUUCCCCCAACUCCACUGGACCCUCUUUAUGGCUAAAGAAAGCAUAAAAAGGCAUGGGAAUUCCCAUGAAAAAGGGGUUAACCCUCCCCACCACCACCACCACCACCCAUCAACUCAACCAACCCUGCCUCAUCUCCCACUGUGAAAGAUGGCUUCCUCCACCAAGUUCUCUUACCAAAGACUAAGAAAACUCCCCCCAGGGCUGGAAGAAGAUGAAACAGAAGAAGGGGUGCUGGCGGUGAGGAGGAGGGGGAGGAGGAGCUGGCUGAGGCUCGACAGCGGGGCAAGGCGGUGGCGGAGGCCGAGGGUCCGAGUGGCGGGGCUGAGGAGGCUGUUAAGGAGGAAAGCCAAGGUGGUGGGGGCUGCAGUGAGGAAGGUGCUGAAAAGAUUGAAGGAAGGGAGGCCUUACGUGGGGGAGCUGUUUGCAGGGAACUAUAUGUUCAUGCAAGUGAGCCCUUCACCAACUAUCGCCUAUUUGGAGAAGCCUUACUUGGCUGGCCACCACCACCAUGCCAUCAUCCCACCACACUCCACCAGAUUGAGUAUUCCAAGGGCUGUUUCCUAAUUUUCAUGUAAUCUCUUACUUUGGGUAUUAGAACCUUCUUCUUGUUCUUGUUGUUCUUCUUCCUUUGAUCUGGUGCCUGGCACCAGAUCUUGCACUAGGGAAAGCAGAGAAGGAAAAGCAGCAGCAGCAGCAGCAGCAGAAGAAAAGAGGGAGGAUUAUUGAUGUGCAAUAUGUGGGCUUUACUCAUCUGUAUUUCUAUUAUGAGAUGACUUCAUAGUUAAUUCUCUUUACUCCAUGUUCAAAGCUCUUCCUUUCAAUGUGUUUUUGUCCGUUUCUUGUGUGUCUUGAUAGUAUGUUCCUCUAAUUAUUGUUCGAAGGAGAAACAUAAAAGCUUAACUAUUGUAUUUUCCGCCCCCUUGUUCUA